AUGGAAGCCAAAGGUUUUUACCACGAACGCUCUUCCAGAGUCGCCAAGACUCUCUUCCCACGGAACGAAAACUCACCUCGAGCCGUGGUGAAACAACGGACUCCAGGCAAACGUUCGCCAGCAUCAUCUUUGCGGCAAGGCAAAACAGCAAAGCGUCUCGUCACAAAAAAAGCGGCAAGGGUUUCCAUGUCGCUGGUGCGUGACAAUAAGGACCGCUGGAUGGCAGACAUUGAACAACGUCUACAGAGUCGAAGCGUGGAGGAGGAGUCGAAGCGUGGAGGAGGAGUCGAAGCGUGGAGGAGGAGUCGAAGCGUGGAGGAGGAGUCGAAGCGUGCGGCCACCAACGUGGCGUCGUCGAAGCGUGCGGCCACCGACGUGGCGUCGUUGAAGCGUGCGGCCACCGACGUGGCGUCGUUGAAGCGUGCGGCCACCGACGUGGCGUCGUUGAAGCGUGCGGCCACCGACGUGGCGUCGUCGAAGCGUGCGGCCACCGACGUGGCGGCGUCGAAGCGUGCGGCCACCGACGUGGCGGCGUCGAAGCGUGCGGCCACCGACGUGGCGGCGUCGAAGCGUGCGGCCACCGACGUGGCGGCGUCGAAGCGUGCGGCCACCGACGUGGCGGCGUCGAAGCGUGCGGCCACCCACGUGGCGUCGUCGAAGCGCGGGGCCACCGACGUGGCGUUGUCGAAGCGCGGGGCCACCCAUGCGGCGUCGUCGAAGCGCGGGGCCACCCACGCGGCGUCGUCGAAGCGCGGGGCCACCCACGCGGCGUCGGCGAAGCGCGGGGCCACCCACGUGGCGUCGCCGAAGCGCAGAGCAGUUCAGUAG